GAAACAGUUGAGAGAGAAAAACUCAUUGAGUAAACACCCUGAGGAUGAACUCUGACUCCUGCCUUCGUCUCCGACUGAAAUCAAACUAACACUGAACAAGGAGAACAGAGAGAGAACUGAGCAACUAGACACUGAAACACAGACUGCUGCAGGAGGAAAAACAAGCAAAUCAAAGUGAAACUUCACUCUGAGACAAAAUGGCUUCCAGAUCAGACGAUGAUCUCUGCUGUCCGGUCUGUCUGGAAAUAUUUAAGGAUCCAGUUAUUCUGUCAUGUAGCCACAGCUUCUGUAAGGAGUGUCUGCAGAAAUACUGGAGAGAGAAACCAGGAAGAGAGUGUCCAGUUUGUAAAAGGAGAUCUUCUAAAGAUCAUCCAUUUACUAAUCUGGCUCUGAAGAAUCUGUGUGAGUCUUUCUCCCAGCAGAGAGAGCAGAGAGCUUCAGAGGGUCUCUGCAGUCUGCACUCUGAGAAACUCAAACUCUUCUUUCUGGACCAUCAGCAGCCAGUGUGUCUCGUCUGCAGAGAUUCAGAAAAACACACCAAUCACAGAUUCAGACCCAUUGAUGAAGCUGCUCAGCAACACAAGAAGAACCUUCAGGAAACUCUGGAGCCUCUAAAGAAGAAGCUGGAGCUCAGGAAGAAAGUUCAGGAGGAGUUUGAUCAGACAGCAGAACACCUGAAGGUCCAGGCCCGACACACAGAGAGGCAGAUUAUGGAGCAGUUUAAGAAGCUUCAUCAGUUUCUAGCAGAGGAAGAGGAGGACAGGCUGGCUGCACUGAGGGAGGAAGAGGAGCAGAAGAGAGAGAUGAUGAAGGAGAAGAUGGAGGCUCUGAGCAGAGAGAUAGCAGCUCUUUCAGACACAGUCAGAGCCACAGAGGAGGAGCUGAGAGCUGAAGACGUCUCAUUCCUGUACAACUACAAGGCUGCAGUGGAAAGAGUCCAGCGCUGCCCCCUGCUGGAGGAUCCACAGCUGCCCUCAGGAGCUCUGAUAGACCAGGCCAAACAUCUGGGCAACCUGGCCUUCAACAUCUGGAGCAACAUGGAGACCCUGGUGACCUACACUCCUCUGGUUCUGGACCCAAACACGGCUGGGUCAGGACUCUAUCUGUCUGAAGAUCUGACCAGCAUCAGAGUAGGAGAGGAACAGAAACUUCCUGAUAAUCCAGAGAGAUUUGAUUUAUGGUGGUAUUCUGUUCUGAGUUCUGAUGGUUUUAACUCAGGGAAACACAGCUGGGAUGUUGAUGUUGGAGACAGUAAAGCCUGGACACUUGGUGUGUUAGAAGAGUCUGUUCACAGGAAGGGAUACAUAGAGUCUGGAUUGUUGUUUAUAGAGUUCUCUUCAGGUAAUUACUAUGCAUGUUCUCCUCCAGCUCCUCCCACUCGUCUCUCAGUCCAGAAGAAUCUCCAGAGGAUCAGAGUGAAUCUGGACUGGGACAGAGGAAAGCUGUCCUUCUCUGAUCUGGAUACUAACACACACAUACACACCUUCAAACACACCUUCACUCACAAGAUGUUUCCAUACUUUGACACUACUAAAACAUUAAAUAUCAUACCGAUGAAGAUCUCAGUGAUCAAGCAGCAGCUCUGAUGAUCUCAGCAUGAAGAACACAAAGUCCAAAUAAAAACUUAUUGAUCAGAUUGAAACUGUGAGUUUUAAAGAGGAAACUGGAGACGAUCUGAUCAUCUGGAGAUUCUUCAUCUCUGUUUAGAUUCAGAUUCAUCACCAGGCUGCUGGAAGCAGCAGGGCAGCGUUAAUCUUUCACAUCUGAGUCUUUAGUCUGAGGUCAGCUCUGAUUCUAAAAUGACUCAGAGUGAGAGGUCUUGUUUUUUUUUCCCCAUCUCUGGGUAAUUAAUUUAUCAGGAACUGAUGUAUUAAAAAUGUGGAUUUUAUGAAUAUGUGAGUAAAAAUGAUCCCAGCAAUGUGUUUAGUUUGCAAACUAAAUAUUUAUUUUAAACGUAAAUAUUUAUUGUCCAAGCUAAAUAUUUACCUUUUGAAUUAAAUGUUUGGAAAUCUAACAUUUAUAAAUGUAUGAAUAACAUGGUGGAAAUAUGACAUUGAAAAAUGAACAUAAAAAAAUAUUGCUGUUAUUUUUUUGUCCUGUAUAACUUUACAAAUGACUCUCCAUAAAUCUGUACAUGCUAAUUAUUUUUGACCAGAAUAGAGUAAAUGGCCUUUAAAUGAUCUUUUUGGGGCUCCGGUUGCUGUGAAGGAAACGCUUUACUGUUAACUUUGUUUCCAAAACAAUAAAAACCUGAAAACAAACUGGAAGAACCUGAAGUUUAGACGGAACAUUAACAAAAACAAAAACCUGAGGAGCUUUAAAUGUCACCGACCAACAAGGUGACACUAAAGCGUAAAAAGAUAAACUCUCCUGCUCCGUCUGUUUGGACCUGAUGAAGGGUCCGCCCACCAUCCCUCCGGUCACAGCUGGUACAUCCAGAGCCACUGGCACACGGACGACCAGAGCUGCUCCCAGUGCAGGUGGACCUUCAGGCUCAGACCCGUCCUGGUGAAAAACACAGUGCUGGUGAGUUCCAGGGGUCACCAACCUUUUAGAGACUGGGAGCUGCUUCCCGGGUCCAGAGCAACACGAGGGCUGCUAGUUUGACACAGACAUAAAUAUUGUUGCCUCAGCCUUUAUAACAAUAAUACAUAUAUAUAUAUAUAUGAUCAUAUUAAUGAUCUACUGACAAUAUUCAUCAGUAAUAAUUUAUUAUGGCAGAUAUGGUUCAUUACUAUCAUGUGAUCAGAAGUUCUUAGUUCAGAGUUGUGAGUUUGAUUCCCUGUUGGAGAUUUUCUGUCUGAUUCUAAAUUGUCCAAAGUGACUGAGAGUCUGGAUUGACAGGUCGCCUGUUGGCUGACACCAGCAGGUGUAGAAAUUAAAAAACAGAUCAGAAGGUAAAACUAUCACUGACCUGCAACAGAACAACCAGAUCUCCAUCAUGUGAGCGUCACACAAAAGCCGCACAAACCCAAACCACUAAAGCAGAGCACACUUUGUUUUUAUUUCAUUUUUAACACAAAUGAUGCUGAAUAAUAAAGACAUGGAAGUGAAGCCUAUAAACCUGGUAGAUCCACAGAAAGAGGAUGUAGAUUCCAGGUUCAGGUGGUGUUAUAAAGGAAAAUGUUCUUAAGGAAUAGUUUUAUAAAUGUUCAGAUUUCAAAUUAAGGCAGUAAAUCAGAUAAAACUGGGCUCCUGUUUAAACGCUGCAGUACUGUUUGUCACCGCUUGGUGUCACUCUAUCUCCAUUUUUGUUUUUUUCUGUUCGCCACA